AUGUCAAAGAAAUUUGAGAGCCGCAUUAAUCGUAUUAAUAUAAACAAUUUGAUCGAAAGGAAUACUAAAAGAUCCGAAGGGAAAGAUGUUCCUGAUACUAAAGUACAACAGGUUAUUCAACAGCCUUUUGAAGUUUUAAAUCGUUACUAUCCAGCAGCACAAAUUUUACAAAAUCCAACCCUAGUAGUAGCCAGACAGUUAGAAAUGCUUAAUAUCUUUUUGGGUUUUGAACAAGCAAAUAAAUAUGCUCUUCUUGAUCCCAAUGGGAAUUGUGUAGGAUAUGUUGCAGAAGAGGAGUCUUUUGCUUCAACUAUAUUAAGACAACUUUUCAGAACGCACCGAAAAUUUAACGCCAUGAUUAUAGAUUUGGAGGGUCAAUUGAUUUUGAAGAUUAGAAGACCAUUUGCAUGGAUCAACUCUCGCAUAUUUAUUAGUACUAGUGAAGAACACUUGAUUGGAGAAGUUCAUCAACAAUGGCAUUUAUGGCGAAGACGAUAUAAUUUGUUUAUCAACCGAAAACAGUUCGCAAGGAUUGAUACUGGUUUCUUAUCGUGGGAUUUCAAUAUCGAAGAUGAACUUGGUAGUAUUCUUGGAAGCGUUAAUCGUAAUUUUUCAGGUAUUGCUAGAGAGCUUUUUACCGAUACGGGAAAAUAUGUAAUAAGAAUGGAUUCUAGAGAGUUGACGUUUGAUCAACGCGCUGUGAUAUUAGCAGCGGCCAUCUCUAUAGAUUUUGAUUAUUUCUCUCGACAUUCUGGGAAUGGAGGAUUUUUACCUAUUCCUUUCAUUGGAGGAAGCGAUGAUGCAGAUGAUGAAAUUGAUUAA